AUGGCGCGCGCGGUGUGCGGGCGAUUUAUGGGCGAUCGAACGUAUGACGCGCGCGUCGCCGUCGGUGGACGCGAUCGGGGUGACGGACGACGACGGAUGGGGGCGACGCGGAGGUGGGGGUGGGCGUCGAGGCGACCGACGAGGACGAUCGCGUCGAGAGGGAGAGAGGGGAAGACGACGACGAAGACGGCGACGACGUCGGCGAGGGGGGGGGGGAAGAAGAGCGCGCGGGAGUUGAAACCGUCCGCGACGCGUGAGGUGACGCGGCGCGUGGGUGAGGUGACGGCGCGGAUGCGGGAGGCGGCGGCGAACGCGCCGCGACCGGCGCUCUACGCGGGAGGCGCGCUCGUUCUCUUGGUUCUCGCGAAGGUUCUGUUCGGUCGAGGGAAGAAGGGAUCGUUGGGCGAUCUUGAGGAGCGAGGGAUGCUCGAUGAGAACAGAGACGUGGACGAGGAUAAGUUUUAUCAGGGGAUGAUGAAGGGCGUUCGAACGAUGGAGAUGCCAGAGCUCACGGAGGAGCAAAUAUUAGCAGCGCGAGAGCGACGCCGUCAGUCCGCCGCUGGGAACGAUAACUUUGAGAAAUCUCUCGCCGAAGUGGACAUCCCGGCGAACCAUCCGUGGGCGACGAAAGAAAACGUGAGCGCCGCCGAACAGCUCGCGGAGGAGCAGCGCGUACUUGAGAUCAACCGACCGCGCAAGCGCAGAGGGGCGCCGCCGCCUCAGUGA